CACGUGCAGCGGGCCUUUAUUGUUGUUGAGCGGCGAUAAUUGUUGGAAUCCGGCUUGGGAAAGUUAGGGAAAAUUUUGCGAUGGAUUCAGAUCAGGAAGAUGAAGUUCCUAACGUGAACUUUGUGCCCAGCUUAAUCUUCGUGAAACGAGGCGUUGCAAAGGCAAACCCGGACAAGGUAACUCUAACUAACGAGGAGCUAGCCCGUAUCAUCAGCGAAACAAAAGCAGAUCUCGAAGAAGACGGUGUAGACGAUAUGGACACAUCGGACGAUGAUCAAGAACCUCUUGAACCGAAGCACCCGAGCGAGGCUCCAACCGACACGACGGAUGCUAAUAAUGAAGAUGAUGAAUAUAAUUUCGCAACGUAUGAAGAUGAUUCUGUUGCCACUGGUUUACAUUUAAGCACGGUGGCUAUAGUUGACCCAACAGAAAACAUAGAGGAUGAUGUUGACUCGGAUGAGGAAGAUGAAAUAAUCAAACCGUCGGAUAACUUGAUUCUUGUAGGCCACGUGCAAAACGACACCGCUUCGAUGGAAGUCUAUAUUUACAAUGAGCAGGAAGGAAGCCUGUACGUUCAUCACGAUUUCUGGUUACCUAGUCCUCCUCUUUGCAUUGAGUGGUUAAGCUUUGAUCCUGGAAGUGACUCGCCUGGAAACAUGUGCGCUAUAGGGUGUAUGGAUCCGAUCAUCACCCUAUGGGAUCUUGAUAUUCAAGACUCGCUUGAACCCGUGUGUAAGCUAGGCUCUAAAGGAAGCAGGAAGAAAAAUAUUGCCAAACUAGGCCAUAGCGACGCUGUACUGGACUUAUCAUGGAAUCGUCAUCUAGAACAUAUUCUAGCCAGUGGAUCGGUUGACCAAACUGUAAUUCUGUGGGAUUUGGAAAAUGGGACGCCCCAUACUACAAUCGGCGGGUUUGAAGAAAAGGUUCAAACAUUAGCAUUUCAUCCAAAACGUCCCGAAAUGCUGUUGGCCGGUAGUUGCGAUGGCUUGGUUAAGGUGUUCGAUUGCCGUGUAACAAACGAAACGAACAGCGUGUUCACCAAAUGGGAUGUGGGGGGUGAAGUGGAGCGGGUUUGUUGGGACCCGUUUAACGAAGAUUGUUUUCUAGCCAGUACGAACGAUGGAAAACUGCACUAUGUAGACACACGUCAGACCGACAAGGUGCUUUGGACGAAACAGGCGCAUGAGAAAGAGGUCACGGGCUUGAUGCUGAGCACUGGAGUUAAAGGAAUGUUAUCAACAGCUUCAGCUGACGGAACAUUGAAAGUUUGGGAUAUUGAUGCAAACGAUGCACGCUUAGUUUACAAGAAGAACCCCAAAAUCGGAGUUAUUCAAUGCUUAGACGAAUGUCAAGAAAAUCCAUUCACCUUGGCAAUGGGUGGUGAUUUGAAGUCAAAAAACUUUUGUGUGGUCAAUCUUUUGGACAACGAUGUUGUGUCCAAUGUUUUUAAACAUAGAUUCGAAACCGAUCAUUCAAAAAAGAGCCAGUCCCGCGAUGAAGUAAUGCAAGAUGUUCCUAUUGAAUAAUGGCUCGAUUACGAUCAAUUCCUGUGAAUCAAGAUUGUUCUGUAUAACACUAUUAUGAAUAAAUUUUUUAUAGUGCAAAGUGUA